AUGAGAAACGUGAGUUCGUUGUUGCUGAUGAUUUUGGUAUAUGGGUUGGUGUACUGUUGGCCAGAAUCCUCGGAUUUUGUGGUGGGAGGGUACGAGGGUUGCUUGUUCCUGGGAUCGGCGUUUAUGAUGUCGACGGCGAGGUUGCAACAGAGGGUGGCGGCGAAGAUGAGCCAGAUCAAUGAGGGGCCUGGGAUGUUGUAUGAGUAUAGAAGAUCGAAGGUGGCAAUGGAGGAGCUGAGAGGAGAAUUGGAGAGGAGGGGUUCACAGGGAGGAGUGAUGGAUUGGGAAAAUGAGGUUGGUAUUAGGGAUAGAGUGGAGAAUCUGAGAGGGUGUUUUGGGGUUCUCAGAUCUAGGGCAGAUACCAUUAUUGCACAGCUUUUGUCUUUAUAA